CUCCGUCCGUUUAGGCAUUUUUGAGCCGCUGAACGCCAGCAGAGCGUGAAGAAGAGAAGGCCACUCUGUGAAAAUGUAACCGGACUGUCCGCUGAAUGUGAGCGUUUCCACCAACACCAGAAACAUGGAGUCUGUUGUCAACAACACCGAGAAGAAGUUGAGGCUCCGCGCGCUGCUUUGGUGGUCGCUCCUGGUCGAACUCGCGUCGGGAGCUUCCUUCUAUGGUGAUGGCUUCGUACAGCUCAAGGCAACAGAUUCGUCCGACCAUAAUGUGCUCCGCAUUCGCUUCCGAACCUCUAGCUCCAACGGGCUGCUGUUUCUCGCUGCUGGCCAGGCCAACUACUUCCUACUAGAGCUUCAUGCUGGUUGCCUGCAGGUUAAAAUGGACCUCGGAUCUGGGGAGCAGAUGUUACAGUCAGAGCAAGGCAUCCAGCUCAACGAUCUAGCCUGGCACUCUGUGGAGAUCCAACAUGUGCAGCACAAUCUCACUCUGACUGUUGACAAAAACUCACACACGAGUGUGAAGAUGCCAGGUCUCCAUCACCAACUUAACAUUGUAGAUGGUCUGUAUGUUGGAGGCUCAGGGGGCUUAGACAGACUUUACCUGCCUAGAGACCUCAUCGGUUUCCGAGGCUGCAUGGAUGAGGUCAUCUUCAAUCAACAUGACCUGCUGUCGUCACUGAGGCCGUAUUCUCGACUAAAAUAUGUUCAUGAAGUGUCUUUAGGCUGCAGCCCUGAGUUUUUUGCCACUGAGGAAGAUCCUAUCAGCUUCUUUAGCUCCAGGGCUUACAUUUCUCUUCCACGGUGGAAUGUCCAGCAAGCGGCUAUAUUUGAGUGUGUUGUACACACUUCAGCUAAAGAAGGAAUUAUCCUCUACAAUUCAGCCAGAGAGGGGGAUUUUGUGGCUUUAGUGAUUCAGGAAGGUUUUCCAGUCGCUGUUGUUGGGAAAGGUGGAACCAAAACCGAGCUGCGUGCGCUCACGUUUAUCAAUGACAGGAAAUGGCAUUCUGUCAAACUGUAUUUCAGUUUUAAAAGCCUUGAGCUGACUGUAGAUGGAGAUAUAGUAAAAAGCAGCAUCAGCUCUCCUUCAAAGAGGCUUCAGCUUAAGGGCAACAUUUUUGUAGGAGGGGUCGAUGAGGGAACUAGAUCAGAAGUCAGAAAGGUGGGGCUCGUCUCUGUGUCAGGAAAGUCUGUCAGAGGAGGUUCCUUCAAAGGAUGUUUAAAAAACAUUCAGGUAAAUAAAGUUAAGAUGAGCCUCUCCAAUGCUUUAGUUACCAAAGAUAUCUCAGUUGGUUGUGAGCCAGAAAAACCACCAGAGCAAUCAACAAUUGUGAGUCCAACAAAUCCUCCAGGAUUCCCUUUUCACUCGGUUACACCAACACCACCUCUUCAAACAUCUACCCUUGCAAAUGGCUUGGACAGGAGGUAUGGCUCAAAUUUUGUGCAGCUUAAAGACCUUGUUGUUCAGGAGGGUGGUCGAGCAUCUCUUGACGCCAAACACAUCAAAGUUUUCUUGGACUUCAAGAAGCUUGGCAUUCGCCAGUCUCAGAUAAUGUUCAGAAUUCUAGAUCAACCAAUUAGAGGUCAGAUAAGACUUGAUGUGGAUCAGGACCAAGAAGAGAACACCUUCAGCAUGCUUGACCUUUGGCAUGGGAGAGUGAUGUACGUCCACGGAGGCUCUGAGGAACCAGAUGACUUCUUCCUGUUUUCAGUUUUUUCAAGCAGUAGGAAACAAGUUCCUGAUUAUCUAAAGGGCAACAAGUUGUACCGCUACAAUAUAACGGUGACACCCACCAAUGAUGCACCUGAACUGAGUCUCCCUGAAGGAAAUCUCUUUGUUCUGUUGGAGAACUCUAAGAAAUGCCUCUCUACUGAUGUUCUGAAGGCCACAGACAUAGACAGUAACUACAGCAGCCUUGUGUUCUCUGUGCUUGGGAAUCUGAAUGCUGAUGCAGGGUAUUUAGAAAUAGAGAGCAAUCCUGGCAAGGCCGUGGUCACAUUCUCAUAUGUUGAUUUGGACGAAAUGAGGGUGUACUAUGUUCACACAGGGGUGAGAAAUUCAAGGAUAGUUCUCAGAGUUAGUGAUGGGGAAAAGGUCAGCAACACUGUUGUUUUAAGGGUUAUGGCUGUUGCACUGGAGUAUAAAAUGGCCAACAAUACUGGACUACAGAUCACUCAAGGAGAAACAGCUAUAAUUGGUUCAAAGCAGUUGGCUGUGCAAACUAAUGCCUUGAAACAAGUUGUAGACGUUCGGUAUGAUGUAACUGAGCCCCCAGAGUUUGGAGAGCUCCAAAGGCUUCACUCAAGUGGUGAAUGGAGGCACACUGACUCAUUUUCACAAAGGCUUCUUGAAAAAGAACGCCUCAGGUAUGUUAGCACCUUUCAAGAUGUCCAGACUUCAAAUGUCACAGAUUACUUUAAGUGUAAAGUUACAGUGGCUGCAAGGGCAACCACUGACAUAAUUUUCCCAAUAACAGUGAAGUGGGUGACGUACCAUCUGAUGAGGAAUGCCAUGAUCAACCUGGAUAAAGUCAGAAAAGUGACUUUGAGCUCAGAGUAUCUGCUUGCCAUAGCUGAAGGUGUGGCCCUCUCAAACGACGACCUCUAUUUUCAUGUUCUCACCAUACCAAAGAAAGGGAAGCUCCUGCUCGACAACACAGUCUUGACGAAGAACUCAACCUUUAGCCAGAGAGAUCUGACAGGUCGAAAAGUACAUUACGAGCUAGUCGACAGACCUUAUGAAGACACAACUGACAGGUUCAAAUUUCAGCUGGUUUCCAAACACUCUCAGUCUGAAAAUUAUGAUUUCCAAUUUUCUAUCAAAGCUGAUGUCAACAGCGUUUUUAUGAAGAAUGAAGGGCUUUCCCUUCAGGAGGGAGAAAGUAAACUUAUCACAAAAGAUGAGCUGUUUGCAGAGACUCUGAGUACAAAGGAGAUUUUUUACACGGUCAUAAGCAGCCCCAAACAUGGAAAGCUAGCCCGGAUUAGUCAGUCUAACUCCAAUGCUAGCUAUGACAAUAUCUUAACCUUUACUAAUCAAGAUAUACUAGAGGAACGCUUGAUGUACAUCCACGAUGACAGCGAAACAACUCAAGAUUAUUUUACUUUCAUAGCCUCCACUAGCCAGGGGUUUAAGUCUAUCAUUGAAGAAGAUGAAAUUGGCUCCAAAGAAGGAACUUUUAACAUAACUAUUCAGCUACUGAAUGACCAAAAGCCAAUCCGAAUCAUUGAUCAAGUUUUUCACGUGGCAAAAGAUGGGCAGAAGUUACUCACUAUAGAAGAUUUGCGUUAUCACGAUGUUGACUCUGACUUUGACGAUGGACAGCUCCUGUACACUCGAAGAGGAAUCCCGAUUGGAGACCUCGUACUGGUUAAUGACACCAGUCAUCGUCUGUUCCAGUUUCGACAGAAGGAUUUGGAGGAAAAGCGAGUGUUGUUCAUUCACAAAGGCGCUAGCACCGGCAGGUUUGUGCUCUUUGUCUCAGACGGGAAACAUUUUGUAUCGAGCCUUUUAGACAUCAGCGCACGUGAGCCUUUUUUGACAGUUGGCAAUAACACUGGCCUGUUGGUUCAGAAGGGACAAUCAGUGACCUUUUAUUCCAGCAAUUUCAGUGUCAAUUCAAAUUUGGAUAUCAGAGAUAACCAGGAGGUCAUUUUCAAGUUGGAUGAGGCUCCCAAGUAUGGAAGUCUUUAUCAUAAUAAAACAAAGGUGGAGUCAUUCACACUGUCUGACUUAAAGGAUGGACUGAUCUCCUACAGACACAAUGACAGCAAACAUCUGGCAGACUGUUUCAACAUAACAGUGAAAACUAAAGGUCUUCAGCUUACAGAGAGAGUGAAUGUCAAGGUUUAUCUGGAAAGUCAUCAGAGGCCACCUAUCGUGCAGCUCCAAGACAUUUUAUUAGUGGAAGAGGGAAAGCCAGUGAAAAUUGAUGAAACUAAACUAGAGGUCACCCAUGAGGACAACCUGCCAUCUGAGAUUGUGUUUACAGUCAAGGUUCCCCCAUCUCAUGGCUUUCUCCGGCAAUUUGUUGAAGCAGAGGAGCGCUACAUCGGAACCAAGCUGUCCCCUGUCAGGAUAUUUACCCAAGACGACAUAAACAGGGGGAACAUCCAGUAUGUGCAGGUUGAGCCGAACAAGAUCAACGACACCUUCGUCCUUGAUGCCACCAAUGGGAUCACUGAUGUUAGCAGCAUUAGGAUGUCUGUUGACAUCAUCCCACUGCUCAUCCCUCUUCAGGUCUCUAAUUUCACUCUCGACGAGGGUGCUUCCAAGGCACUGACACAGGAUGUGCUCAAAGUCACCAACCGUCACUUUUCUGGGAUCAACUUCUUUUAUAGUUUGACUGAACCCCCACAGCACGGUCACAUUGAGCACUCCAGACAUCCUGGUGUGGCUAUAACCACUUUCACCAGGAGGCAGGUGGAGCACGAAUUCAUUUACUACGUCCAUGACAGCAGCGAAACCCUGGCUGACAAUUUCACAGUGGUGGCGAAUGAUACAGGCCUGAGGAAGCAGAGUGCAGCCCAGACGGUGUACAUCGAGGUUACAGCUGUCAACGACGAGCCUCCUGUUAUUACCACCAACAGAGUCCUCAGGGUUUGGGUGUCCUCAGUUACAGAAAUCAGACAGGAGGAUCUGAGAGCACAGGACCUGGAUUCACCACCAGAUGAGCUUCACUUCAUGGUGACCCCACCCAGCAAUGGACACCUGGCCCUGAAGAGUGCCCCCAUGAAGGCAGUGCUCAACUUCACCCAGUCCCACAUAGACCAGGGUCAGCUGCUGUUUGUUCACAAAGGUGCCAUGUCUGGUGGAUUCAACUUCCAAGUCAAUGAUGGUGUGAACUUCACUCCCAGGCAGAUCUUCAGCAUCACUGCCAAAGCUUUAGUUCUUAGUUUGGAGAAAAACCGUCCGCUCAAGGUGUUUCCAGGCUCCUCUACACCAAUCACAAAUGAGGAUUUACAAGCCGUGACCAACGACAUCAGAAAUGCCUCAAACCGCAUCAUUACUUUCAGCUUGAUUCGGCAUCCUAAACUGGGACGCCUAGUGGCGAGGCAGGCUGACAAUUCAACGGUGGACAUCUCCACUUUUACGCAAGACAUGGUGGACAGAAAAGAGGUUUUGUACAUUCAAACAGCCACUGAGUCUGUGGGCUGGGAAGCCAUGGACUCCAUGACCUUCUCUGUAGCAUCUCCGCCUGCAUCUAUGGACAGUCAGAUCUUCAAAUUAGACAUUUCCUAUGAGAAUACAGGACCUGAACACAACACAGUCCUCCUUGCAAACACAGGUGCUGAGGUGACUGAAGGGGGAAGUGUUGUCAUUGAUGAGUCCAAACUGGAUGCCUCUAACCUGAUGUCCAAGCUGCCAACACCCCAGCAAGGCUCCUACGAGGUUUGGUUUCAGGUGACAAAUCUGCCUGAGCACGGUGUCAUCGUGGUGGGUGAGAGAAACCUCACCAAGGAAAAACCAAACUUCUCCCAGUUCAUUGUCAACAAAUACGGCAUCACCUACAAACAUGAUAACUCAGAGACAACUCAUGAUUCGUUUGUUUUCAGUGCAUGGCUAAAUCUUAAGGGCAGAACUGCACAACGCCCUCAAGAUGGAAAGGAUGUUGUUGAGGAGCAUUUUAACAUUGCAAUCAUACCUGUGAACGAUCAGCCACCAUUGUUAAAAACCAAAGCUCCAAGUCUGAAGGUGGUGCAAGGAGAUCGAACAGCCCUUGGACCUGAGAAUCUUAAAGUUGAAGACUUAGACAAUCCUCCAGAGGAUAUUACAUUCACUGUAAUUAGUAAACCAAACAAUGGUUACUUAGCUCUUGAAGGAAGUUUGAAUGAAUCUAUUGUGGCCUUCACCCAAGCCCAAAUCAACAACAGAAGUGUUUAUUUUAUCCAUGAUGGAAGCUCUGUCUCAGGGGUGUUUUACUUCAGUGUCACAGAUGGCCACCAUAAACCGGUGUAUAAGCUCUUUAACCUCGAAGUGACAGAAAUCUCCAUCUCUAUGGUCAACUAUUCUGGGUUGUCACUGCAACAAGGUCAAAUCUCAGUACUUCUGACCCAGGAUAAUCUUGCUGCUGAGACCAAUGGGAAAAAUAUCACUAUCCACUACCAGGUUACAAAGCCUCCCACCUUUGGAAAACUUCUAAAGAACAACCAAGAGGUUACACAAUUCAAACAGGAAGAUUUACAGGCUGGAAGCUUAUCCUACCAUAUGACCUCUCUUUCCUCCUCAGAGGACAGCUUUGAGUUCACCGCUUUUACUUCAGAGGCUAAUCUGAGUGGCCAAGUGUUUAACAUAACUGUCAGACCUUUGAUCCAGAUUGGCAAAGGUUUGAGGAUUCCCAACGGGAUUACCGUCAAACUCAACACUGGCUUUUUUGAUGUCUCUGAACUGGCUAACCUAAGUGACAGUGAUCCUGUCUUCAAAAUCAUAUCCCAUCCUAAGUAUGGGAAGGUAGUUCAGACAAAGCCUAAAAUGUCCAGGCAAGUUGUCCCAGUUGAAUCCUUCACCCAUCAGGAAGUGAUGCAGGAGAAAGUAGCCUUGCAGCUUAAUGCUAACAUGACUGGAGUUGAGGAGCUCAAUGACUCACUGGUGUUUGUACUGAAAGCUGAUAACGUCCAACCUGCUAAAGUGGAGGUCCGCUUCACAGUUGUGCCAUAUGAUCCUUCACUUUUUCCAACCACAACGAGUCCUGUCCCAACAACAUCACCAGCUCCUCAAACACCAGUCAAGAAUUCCAGAAGUGGAACUUCAUCUCCAGUACAGUCUACUAGUUUCUUGUCCACCGAUCAACCAAGCAAAAACCAGCAAAAAUUCAAGGGGCGAAAUCGCUGGGGAAACUCCAAUAGAACUAGCGUUUCCAGUACCACUCUUGCCAAACCAUCUCAAACAGAGGAGUUCCCCUUUAGGGACACGCCGGUCCGCGUGGAGUCCUACCCUCAAAAAACCUCCAAUCCACUCUUGGUUAUCUUACCCCUGUUGGCCCUUCUGCUGCUUGUAAUCAUAUUUGUGGUCCUGGUUGUCUUUCUUCGACAUCACAGGCAAAGGAAGCAGAGAGCUGCUGCACAACAGGAGCCUCCUUCUGCCAGUCCUUCAAACAGUCAGUCUUACAAUGGCCAAGCUCUGAGGACCACAACAGUUCCCACAGUAACUGUCACGCCUUUAAACCCCACUUGCUCCGGUAGCCCUGUUCUUGAUCGGUCAUUGACAUCAAAUCAGGGCUCACCUUAUAAUACCAUUGAUUCACAUGUACUCAUAAGCUCUUGGAGUAAUGAUUCCCCUGCAGCUUCUUCCCAAAUUAUUAGAACAACCACUCCCACUCUGCAAAAGAAUCAGUACUGGGUAUGAUUUCCAUUCUGGUUUUUACAGGUUUUCAGAUGGAAAUGUGGUUAUAUUGUUGACGAAGGGUACGGUUUAUUAUUAACUGUUGCAUCCUGUACCUUAGAUUUGUGGAGCUUUUUGACCUCAUUUGGCUAACAGUACUAUAUAGUGGCGUUUUAUUACUAUUUUACCCAUAAACUCUAUUUACAGAAGGCAACAGUUAUCUUGCAGGACUCCUUUUUUAAGGUGGCCUGAAACUUUGUGUACAUAUGCAAAAAUAGUCACUGUCCCAUUAAUUUCAAACUUCUGCUGGAAGUCACAAUAAACAUAAUUUCUGAAUAAGCAGCAACCUAUCAGAAACUACAAGAAAACCAGCAGACAUCUGCUGACUCAAACCUUGCAAUCAACAAUAGAAAGUUUGUCAUAUAGGCUGUUAGUAUACAAAAAAGAAUCAUCCUUCUCUCUAUUGGUCCUACAUUUUUUUCACAUAUCUAACAUUGAAUCGAUGUUGUGGUAAGGUUGCUGCAGAAUCAGAGAGCUUUGACUUUUUUCAGUUGAAAAGUCUGUCCAAGAAAAGCUCUGAGUGACUGAAAUGGAGCAACCCAUGGACAUCACCUCUGUGGAGAAUGGGGAUGUUUAAACACACACUCUUUUCUUGGUGAGAAGGUUCUACACCCGCUUUGCUUUGAAACGCUGGUUUACAGUCCUUGCUGUAUGCGUUUACGAAGGAAUCGUGAUUGCAGGAAACUAAAAUAUGUUUGUGAUUAGUCACCAGGAUACUGAAGCUUCACCCAUUGAGGGUUAUGAUCAGGAGAUAUAGAUGACGCUCAUAACAGCUCGAAACUGUGAAUUACUGGGAAUCACUGACUUAUGAUCAUGGCAUUUCACUUGAUUGUGCAGAUUGUAUAUUGGUUUCAUGUAUUAUACUGUAUAUUAAACAUAGUUUCUUCUGUAAACUCAGGUAUUAACAGAAACUUCAUGUUGCCUUUAUUAAAUGUUGCAUGUCCUGUCAGUUACGGCUGUUUGAGAUGGCGGGUUUUGUACCACUACAAAAGAACCACUGCUCUCUUUUUAGACCUGGUUGAAAUCAUAAUGGUUUAAAUAUGGGGGUGUCAAAAAUAACCCGAUAAUGGUGUUAACUAAUUUAUGUAAUUAAUUGCGUUAAAAUUUUUAACACAGUUAACACAUGUGCGGCAUGACAAGCCCCAUACAUCCGUCCAUACAUCCGUCUUUUCCCUGUUAUGACUGUGGGACGUGGAGAAGCACACUGGAAAAGAUCAGCAGCUGGUUCGUGGAGAAUGGGGAUGUUUUAACACACACUCUUUUCCCGGUGAGAGAGUUCCACACCCGCACUUUUCCCACAUUCUUUGUUAAACUUGCGACAGCCCAGCUGUGUUAUGCACCAGCAUGUCUGCUGUAGUGGAUUUCUUGUUGUCUCUGUUUGUGCAGCGACGGCUGUCGGUGAUCAGCUGAUUGGUUUAACUCUCUUGUUGCGUUUAUCGUUCAACAUGUUCGUAGUUCACACCAUCACAUAUUUACCCGAAAGUAUUGUUUUUGGCAGGACCUUCUCUAAAACAAUAGCUGGCUGGUGGUAGACAGGGUUUAUAUUUCAGAUAUGCAGGGGCGGGCCUAGAAAAGUUCUCAUGGGGGUCCAGGCAGGAGCACUGACCAGGAAAAAGGGGGACAAAUGAGACCUUUUUUUAGGUCUAGAUUUUAUGAAAUAUUUAUACUGAUUAUUACAACUAAAGUGAUCAUCUAAU